AUGCCGGGCACCGCGCCGUCGCCCGCGGCGCCGUCUAGCAGCAGGGGGUUCGGCAGAGCAAUGGCCCAGGCGUUGAAGGUCGUGAAGGCUGCAAUGACUCACGACGCCUCGCACCUGCUGUUCAAUCGCCCGUUCAACGUCGAGCACCUGCCGGGCGUCAAAUACCACCAAAUCUGUCCACGGCCGAUGGACCUGGGCACUAUCUGCGCACGCCUCGAGGCCCAGGAGCGCGCGGGCUGGCAGUGUGGGCCGCCGUACUACUCGGGACCGCACGAGGUGCUGACAGACGUGAACCAAGUCUGGUUCAACUGCUACAGAUUCAACCGCACGUCCGAGCACGGCCAGGCAGCGUACAUCGACAAGUGCGACUCGGUGCGCAGCCUGUUUGAGAAGAAGUGGAAGGAGGCCGGGCUCGACCUCACAGCGCCCUUCACCUACGAGGACGGCGCCCAGCCUCUGCCUGCAACACGCGGGGCGGGGCCGGGCCCAGCCGCACCCCCGCCCGCCGCCCUGCGCGACAGCGGCGACUGCCCGGCCGGCGCCCGCCUGCCGGACCGCCUCCGCGCGGUGCUGGCGGACGCGGCGUUCUGCCGCGCCGUCGACGAGGCCAAGAGCGGGCCCGCCACGGACGAGGUGCUGAUCUCGCACGGCGGCUUCGACGUGCAGGCGGGGAGCAUGCAGCUCCCCGCGCGGCUGCUGCUCCACGCCACCGUCGUCCGGCACACCGCGAAGAGGGGCUUCUUCAUGCUGCCCGUGGAGUGCUGCACGCAGCGGGGCGGCGCGUGCCUCCUGCGCGGCGUCGUGGUGCAGCCCGCGCGUGACAGCAAGUGCCUCGUGCCGGCCGGGGCCCGCGAGAUGUCGCUCGACCCCGUCAGCGUUGAAUGCGGGCCCAUCCUAGACUACGUGUUUGAGCACGGCGAGGAGCCGCGGCUGUGGGUGGUGACGACCGAUGCGUGGUACCACGUCGUUUCCUGGGACGCCACGUACGCGCCGGUGGCCGCGGUCUCCCAGCAACGGCUGGACAUCAGCUCACGCGCUGCGAGGGUGGCGCGGACGAGCCCCGAACUCCCCUACGAGGACGCCAAGCGCGCGAUUCUGGACGCUGCAGAUGUGCCACUGGCUGCUCCCGGCUGCGUCGGGGACGGCGGCGCGGUGUACCCUGAGUCCGCGAUCGACGAGGACGACGAGAUGCUGCGCGUCUACAAGCACGUCAAGGCGGUCGAGAUCGCGACGCGUCAGGUCGCAGCGCGACGUUCGCAACACGAGGAUGUCGAAGACGACGCGUCCGACGCCAGCCACGAGGAGUCAGUAGCACGCAAGGGCAAAGGGCGGAAGGGGCGGAAGGGCAAGGCGCCGGAGAGCGCGCUGCUGGCUGGCGUGCGCCGCGAGCUGCGAGCGCGGGGCAUCAGCCUCGACGCGCGAAUCGUGGAGAGCUAUGAGGAAGAGCAAGGUCCAGUGCGGCCGUUCGAAGAGGAAGCGAGGGAGGCCCUGCAGCGCGGCAAACCCCCGGUCCCGCAUCGGACAUUCAAAGCACCUCUGGAACUGCAAGGCGAGAUACUGAUGAUAUGGGAGUUCACGCAGGCGUAUGGAGACCUGCUCCGUCUGCCGCCGCUGCCGCUGUGGCGCUUGGAGGCCGCGCUUUGCCCGGGCUCCUGCUUCCAUCUUCCGUCGCGCGAGCCUGGCGGCACGGAGACCACGCGUCUGUUCGACGGCGACAUGGACGUCGACGAGGAGAAGCCGGUGUUCGGGGACGAGGCUGCGGGGCGCGUGCUGCAGCGGGCGCCGGGCGAGAAGCUGUUGAGCAAGCUGGCUGACUGCGGGUUGGCAGUUGACGGCACCUGCGACGACGGCCGAGACCCCGACGCCGAGGCGCGCGGAAGCCCGCAGCUCCUGCACGGCGACUGGGGCCACGACGACCAGGCGACGGCGGCGGUGCUGCGUGACGUCCAUGUGGGACUGCUGCGCGCGAUCAAGUGGACUGCGAGCGACCUCGGGCGCAGUGCUGGCAUGCGCCCCGACGAAUUCACCACAGCCCCGGCCGAUGUGCCGGCCGCGAACGUGCAGGACGAGAUGGACUGGCUGGCAGCGGUCUCCAAGGCAGCGUGCGCCGCGCCGGACGGUGUGCUCGACGACGUCGCGGCGGGCGCGGCAAUGCAGUUGCAGGUGCAGGACUACGUGACGCUGACCCCCAACCAGCGAGUGGCGCUCCUGCGGGUGCUCAUCGAGUGCGCCCUGGCGUCGGAAUCGUUCCGAAAGAGCGUGCACGACCGCGUGGAGGACAGCGGCGGCCAGAGCAAGCGCGGGCCGAAGAAGAAGCCACCUGGAAAUGUUGCUCCGCUGGGCUGGGAGGUGCCCCCUGCCACGUCGUGGCAACACAACCCCGCCGUCGUGGAGUGGCUGCGCUGGGCGCGGAACACGCCCGCGGCCAACGGGCGACCUCUCGGGCGGGACUUCUUCGGCAGGAGGUACUACGCGCUGGGGCAUGCCGCGGGACUGGGCAGGAUCUUUGUUGAGAACCCCAACUCAGCCUCGUGGGGCUGGUACGGGGUCGACCAGGUGCCGGACCUGCUGGCGUGGCUCUCCCAGGGGGAUAUUGGAUGCGAGCGGUCCGUGAUCGCCGCGCUGAGCGAUCUCGUGGCGUCCUCAAAGAAGCAGGGCGUGCUGAUUGACGUCGCAGCCAAGACCGCUGAUGGCGGCCAAGUUGCGGACUGUUUGGUGCGGUUUUCGGGCGGGGCAGCACAGCCUGACGGGUACCAGCACAUCUUCGCGCCGCUCCUGCGCGGGAUGUGGGAGGCAGAUCAGUGCAACCUGCACGUGAUGCCUGAGACGUUCCUGAAGAACUCGCUGCGCGCGCUGCUGGCCGUGCUCCCGAUCUGGGAGCAGCAACCAGAGCUGCUUGAAGACGCCAUCGUGGCGGCGCGGGGCGUCGCUGGAGCCGGAGCCGCGGAGCAUUUCCGCGCGACCCUGGCGAGGCUGGAACGAGUCCUGAGGGGCGCGGGGCUUCUGGACGAGGAGUGGGCGGGCACGUGGCGGGAGGCGUGGCAGCAGCACCUGGAGCAAGAGCAUGACGUCCGUGCAGUCGUGCGCGCGGUGGCGCUCCUGCAGCAGCACGUCGUGCACCUUGAGUCGAGCAUCAGGCGCGACGUCUUCCAGGCGCUCAAGGCCGCGGAGAACUGCUCGCUGUACGUUCCGAACGAGGGCGAGGACGUGGUCCUGCUGCGGUCGGGGCUGCUGCUCCACCUCUGCAAGUACCAGGACAACCUGCCCAUGGUCCACCACCUGCUGCGGCGCGCGCUCUCGAUGGGCCCCUCGAAACGGUUCAAGGUCGAGUUCGUGGCGUUCCACUUGGGCGCCGCGUCGGGCAACUCUCGUUGGCGGCCGAACAUGGGGCAGGACGGGCUCGCGCGGGCGAACGCGGGUCCGCUGGCGUCGCUGGGCCGCGGCUUCUAUGGAUACCCGUGCGCCUGGGUGCUGCUCUCGGCGCCCGACGCGCCGCCUUGGGCGGUGCCGAUCCACAUCGACAGCGUCCUGACGGACUUCCUGGUGAAGGAGCAGCAGUACGUGGCUGGGCGGAACGAGACGUGGCGUCCCGGCGACCGGUUCAAGAUGUUUUUCGGGGACCGAGCCUCGGGGGCCGGCCGCUGGUACACGGGCGCCGUUCGGAGGAUCGCCCUGUCGCAAUCACGGGCGGCGAACCAGCUCGAGGGCCACCCACUGCUCUCCGGGUCGCACAAGCAGCCCGGGGCGCAGGUGCCGCUUCACAGCCCCACCGGUGUCGGCGCGGGGACGGACGCCUCCGGCGAGGGGGCGGACGACGACGCGGACGCGGCGAUAGAGCGGGACAGGAAGCGGAACCGGCGCGCGGUGGGGUUCGUGGAGAUCCCGAUGGACGAGGCCGGGAAGGAGAUCCCCGCCGACUACGCAGAGCAGCCCCCGCCCGUGCCGUCGGUGGUCGAGACGGUGGUGCUCGCGACGAGCAGCAAGAAGGAGAUCUUCGACCCGGACGCGGGGCUGCUCCCGGCGCCGUGCGUGCUCCAGCCGCAGACGUACUGGAACCCGGAGGACUACCUGCCCGGGGCGCUGGCGGGCCGCGCGGGCGUGGCGGCGGUCGCGGACCGCGUGGCGGCGCUGCGGUCGAUGCUGGUGCUCCCGGGGGGCAAGGGCUUCGGCACGACGGCGACGGCGAGGGCGGUGGACAGCUCCCAGGACAUCGAGUCGUCCCUGCCCACGCUGUGCUUCGCGCCGUGGGGGGGCAAGACCGGGGCGGUCAAGCGCUUCACGGACCACGGCGACACGGGGCUGGACCCGAGCAUCACGCCGCUCGUCGUCCCGUGCGUCCCGGUCGCGCCCCUUCGCGGAGAGGCCACCAAAGCCCCCCGCGCCUUCUCCGUCCCACUUCUGAGCGUCUCGCCGCGGCAGGCGGAGCAGAGCGAUGUCGUGCCCUGCGUUGCGUUUUCCGAAGUGGCGCAGCCGCUGUUCAAGGAGAACGAGCAUGUCCCCAUGGAGGCGCGCGAGCACGGGAAGCCCGUCCUUGCGACCAUCAUCCACGACCCAGGCAACAUCGUUGAGACUGGCGUCAUGUCCGAGCCGACGCGGCGCCUGUCGCAGAUCGCUCCGCGGCCGACCGCCGGCGCGUGCGGCGCGGGCCACCUGGGUCUCUUCCACGACUUCUCUGUGGGCCGCGUUCCCGACGCGUCGCUGAUGUGCUGCUCCGUGGACAGCUCGGAGGCGCUGCGGCGGUACGGCUACGACGAGUGGGAGUGUCUGGACGUGCGGUGGGACACGGAGGACAAGGAGCAGCAGCGCGAGAGGGAGAAGGAGAAGGUGGCGACGCUGGAGCUGAUGGUCAGCCCAUGGGAGGUCGAGCGCGACCACUCGGUCAGGAAGAUGGACCCGAAGCAGCUCGAGCGUCAGCGCAUGAUGGAGGAGCGCAUGUCGCGGCAGCGCACGCGGGAAGCGGCAGCGGUGGCGCGCGAGGCAGCCGCGGCGGCUGAGCGCGACAAGACCAUGGUGGAUCGUUUGAGGGAGGAACUGCAGGAAAAGGGACUGGAGCUGCCGGAGUGGGCAUUGGACCAGGACACGACGGGGCGCCCGCGCCGGCGUGCGGCGGUUGGCGUGGCCGCUGCGAGCAAGCUGUUGGCGCUCGAGGGCGGCGGGAUGUCGGAUGACGAGGACGGCGAGGAUCGGCGCAACAGGGACGAGGACGACUUCGCGCCGGACCUGGACGAGCUCGACGACGAGGACAAGUUGGACCAGGCGCGCUCUGCGCGCGACAGCGAGCGCCGGAAGAAGCAGCGCCGGGCCAAGGAGCUCGCGAUGCAGCAGGAGCGGGCGCUGUCGCCCUCGAACGUCGCCGCACUGGCGAGCCAGACGGGCCGGCGCGCGGCUGCGGUGGCGGCCUCACAACGCCUGGCGGUGUCGAUGGGGCUGCCCCUGCACUUUGCGCAGCAGGAGGCGGCCGCGGACCCGCCGGACGCGGUCGCGGACAUCGCUCAGCGGCACCCGAAGCUCGCCCACUACAACGGCGUGUUCAGGGAGGUCCUGCAGGUCGGGGACGACGCGGACAUCGGCAGGCGGCUGCGCGACAUGAGGGAGCACCUGGUUGGCGUGGUGGUGUGGCGGUUCUGGGAGGACUACGCGGACUGGUACCUUGCGGUGAUCGCUGACUACAGGCCGGAGACCGAGGAGCACCGGCUUAUUUACGACAUCGGGACGGCGGAGGAAACGGAGGAGUGGGCCAACCUCGCGACGUUCCGCUGCCCGGACGAGCUCCGCACGUCUCUGCAGGGCACGGGCGUCGCGAAGGAGGCGCCGAGCAACAUCAAGGUGCUGCCUCUCGCGGCCGCGGACCCCGGGGACGCGGUUGCGGCGCUCGGACAGAUGGGGGGACCUGCGCCAUGGCUGCAGGCGGCCAUGAUGGCGGGGCAGUUGGGGUUGCUGCCAAAGCCGGGCCCGGGGCCCGGUCUCGGGUGA